CUCGCCGGGCUCUUCCGGGUUUGUGUGUUGUCACAUGUAAACACUGAGUUUAGACUUUGUGAAUGAGCACAGGUCUCUUCUCCGCCGCUGUGUCGCCUCCACGUCAAACCCUGAGGGAGUGAGGUGAAACAUUCACUGACUGUUAUCGUCGAGUAAAAAACUCCUACAUGCUAACACGCGACGCUAACGCCAGCCGCCGGUGAAGUCGGAGCCGAGUCGUGAGGAGAUGGGGUCUGUCCGCUGGGCUUUCCGCUGCGGACCGUGGACACCGAACCGGGGCGAGUGGUUGCUCGCGGCCCGCUGCGUCCAGAGAGAGGAGAAGGACAGGAUCGGACAGUUCGUGUUCGCCAAGGAUGCGAAGUCAGCCAUGGCUGGCAGAUUGUUGCUCCGGAAGUUUAUCUGUGAGAGGAUGGGGGUCCCCUGGUCACGGAUCAGACUGGAGAGAUCUCCCAGAGGGAGGCCUUACCUGGCAGCCCCGCUGAAGGUCAGUUCAGAUUCAGGUGGUGUCUGGAGUUUCAACCUCUCCCACCAGGGAGACUACGCUGUGCUGGCUGCAGAUCAGGGGGUGCAGGUCGGCGUGGAUAUCAUGAAAACCACAAUGCCAGGUAGCAGGUCUGUGCCGGAGUUUUUCCGCAUCAUGACUCGUCAGUUUACAGCGUACGAGUGGGGCAUCAUCCAAUCAGCUGGCUCGGAGCACCAGCAACUCGCUGCGUUCUACCGCCACUGGACCCUGAAGGAGAGCUUCAUCAAAGCCAUCGGCACAGGUCUAAGCUUCGACCUGCAGAGGGUGGAGUUUCACCUGUCCUCUGAACCGCUCACACAGAACCAGCCGCUACGCCAGACCAAGAUGUAUCUCGAUGAGGAAAAAGAGGAGAACUGGAUAUUUGAAGUGAGUCUGUAUCACGAGUGCAAGUGGACACAAAAACUCCCCAGAUUCCUAAAAAUCUCGACCUUGUCUUUGUUGUGCAUGUUAUGA